AUGCGGACAGUGGAGCCUGGUGAUGAUGGUGGUCGCGAUAGGGCUCAGUUCAUUGCAAGCGAAAGCUGUCCACAAAGUGCUACACAAUGGUGGCGCAAAGAAGAUAUUGCGACUGGGUGGAGGGGGAACGUGGUGGUACGGAAAUUCGACAAGAUCCCUGACAAUCCGAGGAACUACCCUGGUGGGAGCUCGUCGGUGAUGUUGCCGCUGGUCUACAAUGAUAACUUCAAGAAAGUUGAGAUUCUAGUUUGCGGGGGAGCCGCGACUGGCUCCAUAGGCAAGAAAGAAGCCCAGAUGGAGUGCUCUACAAGCUGUGGAAAGCUUGACGUCUUGCGAAAAAAUUCCACUUGGGUAAUGGAGACCAUGCCCAUGCCUCGCUGUACGGGGGACAUGGUCCUUCUCCCGGAUUUGAACGUGAUGAUCAUAAAUGGCGUUAAGAGAGUGCUUUACGAGCCUCGGAAGAUCACCGGCAAUAGAUUCACGGUUUUAAACCCAACUCAAUCUCCUCCAGUGUACCAUUCCACAGCCAAUCUCUUAACUCAUGGCAGUAUCAUUGUGGCUGGCAGUAACACACAUCCGUAUACAAGCUUCAAACCAAUGAAAUCCAAUGUCGAUUUCCCAACGGAGCUGAGCGUAAUCGCUUUCAUGCCUCCAUACGCCGAAAACGAGCCCAAUUCAGGAAGACGACCAGUGAUUAUGUCAGUCAAUGCAACCAAUGUAAAAUCCGGAGCAGCAGUUGAAGUAGUGUUCUGGGAUUAUCCUUCCGACGAGUCUUCAAAAGCACCUCCACCAUCAACAGUACCUUCACCAUUAACAGCACCAUCUCCAUUAUCACCGCCGCUAAUGCGAGCAGAAUCGAAUCCUGACAGUUUCGUCUUAACAAUGACCAGCUCCCUGUGGUCGACGCACUCGUUCUCUCAUGGCCAGCGAGUAGUGACCCUUAAUCCCUUGAACAUCACCACCCAGCCUGAAAGAAGGAUGGAGAAUGGACGGUGGGUGAAUGUGCGAACGGUGCAGCUGCGCAUCUCAUCGCACUCUGCCAUUCUCCCUCGCACUUACUACAUGCUGUGUGUUGUGAAGAAUGGCAAUCCCAGCUCCUCUUGCGCUUGGAUUCGGGUAGCGGUAGGGCGGCAGCGGCGGGCAACGGUGGACAGCAGCGGCUGGCAACGGCGGGCAAUGGUGGGCGGCAGCGGCGGGCAGCAGCGGACAGCGGCGACGGCGGGCGGCGGCGGCAGCGGCGUUAGGGCGGCGACGGGCGGCAGCGUCAGCGGCGACAGGGUGGCAGCGGCGGAUUCGGCGUCUGUUUGGCGGCAGUUCGGCGGUAGUUCGGCGUCUGUUUGGGGCGCAGUUCGACGUCUGUUCGGGGCGCAGUACGGAGCAGGGAGCAAGCAGAGGGUGGAGUUGGGCUAG